GCUCUCCGCGACCCUGACCAGGAUCACGCGUUUAAUGAAAACGAACUAAUGAAUGAAUGAUUGAAGUCUCUCUAAGCCCAGUUAGCCUGCCAUAGCAGUCCACGCACCCAGCCUUUUAUAAUAUAGUCUUUUCCGCCAUGUGAUCGGAAGUGUUACAUGUGUAAAGAUGGCGACUCCCUAUGUAACAGAUGACUCUGGAAAAUACAUUGCUGCUACACAGCGACCAGAUGGGACAUGGAGGAAACCUCGGCGAGUAAAGGAUGGAUAUGUACCACAGGAAGAGGUGCCCGUCUAUGAGAAUAAAUACGUGAAGUUUUUUAAGAGUAAGCCGGAUCUCCCUCCCGGCAUGAAUCCAGAGUAUGCAGCAUCAGGCAAGCAGCAGCAGGAGGCGGCAGCGCAGGGAAAAGAGAGCGAGGUAGCAGGUCUGUCCAAAUCGGCCAAACGCAACAUGAAGCGCAAAGAGAAACGCAAGCAGCAGCAGGGCCAGCAGGAGGCCAGCGGGGAGGUGGAGGAAGUUACAAAAGAAUUGGAGAAGGUUUCAGUAGCAGCUGAGGAGUCUGCAGACCUAACCACAGCUACAUCAGAGAAAGCUAAGAAGAUCAAGAACCUGCGAAAGAAGCUGCGCCAGGUGGAAGACCUACAGCAGAAAGUGGACUCGGGAGAGCUGCAUAACCCCACUAAGGAUCAGUUGGACAAAUUGGAACGGGCCCAGGCCAUACGAGAGGAGCUGAGGCAGCUUGAGGCUUCAUAAAGCAAGACAGUAUAGUACAGUACAUGGAGGGGUAGGGUAAAGUUUUUGGUGGGUAUGGCACUAAAAUCUGUACUUAUGGAUUUAGCAUAGACAUUCAUUUAUUCCAGUCGGUGUAAUUCUGGUUCUGUGAAGCCACCACUCACUUUCUUCAUUUGUGAUACAAUAAUAAACAAGGAUAUUUUUAAUAUAACCAUGCUCUUAUUAGUAAUGGCCAUUCUGAGUCGUUUUGUGGUUCGAGUACUCAAUCACAAAAAAGAAUCAACUGCUUUACAUUGUUUACAGUGUGCAAAAUAUUUUUACUUUAUAAACAGUCACUUUUUCUGUGUUCAGUAUUUAAAAAGACAGUUUGAUGCCAGAUUUUUUGUCUGUAACAUGCAAGACGAGAACAGUUUCUGAUUCAGCUCUCAAGGAUCAAUCUGGUGGCAUUAACUAGAAAGUCUAUAAUAUACCAGUGAAUUGGAAGUCUGGGAAAUAUUUGUCCAUUCUUUUUUUGCCUUGUGCACACACAAUAAUUUGCUUCACUCAUCCUCUAGCUUUUUUUCAUCUAGAAAAGUAAUGCAUUUUCCCAAAGCUCUGGCAUAAUGUAGUCAGACCAAAAACCAGCCCAUUCUGAUUUAGUCUGAUUUCAGUUGUGCACUCCCACAAGAUUAAUUCAGAUUUAUGCCAAGUUCACAUUACACGACUUGAUCUCUUGUAAUCAGGAGUCUUUUAAGUCGUUGUGGUUUUCACACUAUGCAUCUGAUCAGCGAUAGGGGGUCUCACACUACACCAUCUAUCUCCAGGAGUAAUCUCAGAUGAGUCUAUCUGGUCUCCCAAACUACAAUUUGUCACAAAAACAAAUGCGGGAAGUAACAAGAGGUUUAACGAUACUACAGUACUUGUGUUCAUAACAAUUACAACCUGAUCACAACACCUUUCACAGUACAUGAUUUUGAGUGGGUGACACGGUGGCUAAGAGGGUAGCACUGUUGCCUCACAGCAAGAAUUCGAUCUUGCUGAGUUCGAUCCCCAGGUGGGGCGGUCCGCGUCCUUUCUGUGUGGAGUUUGCAUGUUCUCCCCGUGUCUGCGUGGGUUUUCUUCCCACAGUCCAAAGACAUGCAAGUGAGGUGAAUUGGAGACACUAAAUUGUCCAAGACUGUGUUUGAUAUAACCUUGUGAACUGAUGAAUCUUGUGUAAUGAGUAACUACAGUUCCUGUCAUGAAUGUAACCAAAGUGUAAAACAUGACGUUAAAAUCCUAAUAAACGAACAAACAUGAUUUUGAGUUGCUGACAGGUCCAGAUAUUUAGCAUGCCAGAUAUUUUUCUUGAGUCUGUGAGCGAUCAGCAAGCUGCUCGGAUCGAGUCGUUAAACAGUUCACACACAGAGAUCGAGAGCCAAUUUCCGAGCCCUGAGCGAAGUCUGAUUUGCCUCCGAGCUGCCACAUCUAGUGGCGACCUGUCAGCGAGCGAAAAUCGGCUAAAAUGGUGUAGUGUGAACUAGGCAUUAGGAGUUUGAUCAUGAAGAUCUGAAAAAAAAAAAAAUCAGCCUUUUCGAAUCUGGAUUUAGUUUCAUGCAUAGAAGAUCAACAAGCAGGAGUGCCACACUAUGGGUUUACAUGGGCCUAAUCUGCUUACCUUAUUUUACCAUUCGAUUAAGACGGGUUUCCUCUGGAUUGCUAAGAAUGUUAAUAAAUACAUUUUCUUAAUUUGAGGAUUAAAAUGGAUGUUGUUAAUCAGUCAAUUGCAUUGCUGGCUGAUCACAUUUUUAUGAUCAUAUGAAAUAGCAAAAUGUUAUAUUUGACAUAGGAUGUCAUUCACGUAAGAGAAAGGAGUUCCUUUGUAGCCUAUCUGCAUCUCUUGCAAUCCUAAUAGAAAGAGUAUGCAGUUAAAUUACAACUUGUGCACUCCAUCAACAUGGACUUCCAUAUUAGGGGACAUCUUUGGGAAGUUUCCUUGAGAGAGUAUAAAGAAGGAUUUUUUGUUUUUGGAAAUAAACCUUUGUCUCCUGCCGUUGAUGGACACUUCAGACUGGGAUUAUUAGUUAUACAACGUGACACUACCUUACAAUGCAGACUGAGUGACAGAAGUUACUAGAGACUGUUCUGUUCUGUUUGCAGUCUCUUUUUUUAACAUGUGACUUCCAUAAUAUUCAUAUUGUAUGAAACAUUGUUUAAAAAUGUAAAACCAGCAUGGAUCAGUCACUGGACUGAAUGAAAAUAUUUGUUAGCCACAUCAUUUUUUUUGGGUUUUUUAAAAAGUCUUUUUUAUGUGUGUGUGUUUUUUAGUAGUUGUAUUACAUUAAAGUAAUAAAAUACAUCCCCUUUUCUUAAAGAUUUCUAUUAUACUGAAUAAAAGCUAGGGCAUGGUGACAGAGCUGGUGGAGUUUAAUGCAGCACAGCAACAUGGUUUCUAAGGAUGUGGGUUUAAUCCUAACAUCUGGUCACUGUCUGUGGGGAGUUUGACAUGUGUUACAGUGUCUGUGCAGUUUUCUUUAGGCACCCUGUGUAGGGUGUGUUUCCAUUUCACACUUAGUGU